AUGGGAAAAGAGCACAAACGCAAGCGAUCUCGUUCGCCGGAACGGAAACGAAGCAGAAGUCGUUCGCCACGCGAUCGCCGCGAGCGGGACCGUGAUCGGGACCGUCGGCGCGACCGGAACCGUGAUCAUGAACGCGAAAAACGGGAUCGGGAGCGCGAGCGAGAGCGUGAACGCGAAAAGCAGCAGCGAGAAGUGGAGAGGAAGAAGGAGAGCAAGACGGCACUUUUCGAAAUGGAGGAGACCAAAAAUGGUGGGUUUUUUGGGGGGAAAUCGAGAUGAAAAUUUUGAUUUUUUCCAGACAUUGACGACAUACUAGUCAUGAAAACGACGGAUUUGGAGGCGGAAAUGGAGAAACGCCGCCGAAAUGUCGAGCUGUGGCGAGCGAAACGCAAAAAAGAGGAACUGGAUCAGCAAACGGAGGCUUCCGAAGGUCAGAAGGCAAAGAAGAAGACGUGGAAUCUGGAGGACGAGGACGACGAAGACGAAUUCGACCUCGGAGCACAGACAACCACGGAAAACGGGCAGAAAAUCGAGGAGAUAGCGGUUAAAAUGGAGGUGGUCGAGGAGGAGGACGACGAAGACCCUUUAGACGCGUUCAUGAAGGAUAUCGCACAGAAAAACGCGAAAAAAACUGGCAAAAGUGCCUCGGGAGUGGUCACGAUCGUUCAGGAAGAGAAGCCAGAGGUCGAGAAGGGACAAGUGCUCGAAAAUGAGGAUAACACCGAUAUUGUCAUCGAUGAUUUCGAUCUGGAGACCGCCGCCGCUUCAUUGUGCCAUAAAGGACGGCUCUUGGCGCAGACGGACCACAACAAAGUGUACUAUCGCAAAUUUAAAAAGAACUUUUAUAUUGAGGUUAGGUUUUACACUUUUUUAAAUGUCUACAUGGGCACAAUCAAGAAAUAUAUUUUAAAGUUUCGCAGUCUUCAAGAAUGGGUGUUAGGGGGAGACGGAGGAAAUGCAGCAAAGAGAAAAAGGGCAGACUAUUGUCUUGAUAGUUUUUCCGUGUUCUCGCGCGUAGAUCAAAAAUGUGUGCUCGAACGACACUCCGUUCAAACAUUGGGCUCUGGGAAGGCAGUGCGGACGAGGAGAAAAAAGCGGAUGGUCUCGGCGAACGAAUGGCCAGAAGAGUGGGUUGGACAGUCGGCGGUGCGGCUUUCGCGCGAGUAUUUGUGACCGGGCCAGGGACCGUUCAAGUAUUUCACAGUGAUCAAAUCGAGUUUACGAGUGUUUUGAUUGACAGGUGCUCAUGUAAACAGAUCAUCGGAACACGAGUUCGUAGUUUGGUCUUGCGUUGCGGUCCUUCCUACCCGACGAGACAGUCCGUUCGGAGAGAUCUCUCGGCAGAACCUUCCUCUUUUUUUUCCUGUCUUCCCAAAGGCGAUACGGUCGCAUUAAAGGCGCAUACAUAAAUUUUGUCUCGUUGCUUGUUUUGACCUAUCGCGCGUACCUCCCAAAAAGGACCAUUCGUUUGUUCUUCUCCUUGUCUUGUGAACUCUCUUCCCAAAACGUAUCCUUGUGAACGGAGAGUCGUUGAGAACAAACGACAUUUGCAACAAAGCUGAAUCUGAAUCUUUUUCUGUCGAAAAAGUCGAAAUUUUCUUAUUGCAGACAGAAGAGAUCAAGCGAAUGACAAAGGCAGAAGUGAAGGCGUACCGCGAGGAACUGGACAGUAUCACGGUGAAGGGUGUCGACGUGCCGAAGCCGAUCAAAACGUGGGCACAAUGCGGAGUCAACCUCAAAAUGAUGAAUGUCCUCAAAAGGUGCGUUUUUCCGCUUUUUUAGAUUUUUCCCUUUAAAAAUCUGUAUAUUUAGGCAAGCGUACACAAAACCAACGUCAAUCCAGGCGCAGGCGAUUCCGGCGAUCAUGUCCGGCCGCGAUGUGAUCGGAAUCGCAAAAACGGGCAGUGGAAAGACGUUGGCGUUCAUUCUGCCAAUGUUCCGACACAUUUUGGAUCAACCCGAACUCGAGGACGGCGACGGACCCAUCGGUUGGUGGUUUUUGAAAAAUCCGGACCCUGUUGUUUUUUUUGCAGCUGUGAUCCUGGCGCCAACGCGCGAGUUGGCAAUGCAAACGUACAAAGAGGCGAACAAAUUCGCGAAAGUGCUCGGAUUGCGAGUGGCGUGCACGUACGGAGGCGUCGGAAUCUCCGAACAAAUCGCCGAUCUGAAGAGGGGCGCCGAAAUUGUGGUGUGCACGCCCGGACGCAUGAUCGACGUGCUGGCCGCUAAUAGCGGUGAGCUAUUCGAAUUUCGGACCAGUUCCGGAAUUGCAACAUUCUUGUAGUUUCACUCCUCUUCAACUUUGAUGACUCUCAGAGAAUCCGGAUAACUUUGGAAGACAAACCUCUUUCCAUCCAGAAACCGUCAGAAAACUGGUCCUAGAGUGUAUUGCUUGAGAUCUAUUCUAUGAUAUCUGAGAGUAUUGUAGCAUCAGAAAAAUGACAGAUAAGCUGAUGGCAGCUCUUGAGACUAACUAUUUCAUUGGUAACAUCGGGCUCACUGUCUAUAUACCUGGAUAUAUCUAGUCGUAGAGGAGUGACACCAUACUGUUUUACUGUUAAUGUAGCCUAACAGCAUUCUUCAUCCCAGAGAAAGAUGGUAAGCGUGCGAGAAGGCGCGCUCGCUCUCGCUUUUUUCGCACGCUAGGGGACCAUUUAUUCUUCCUGACUCAUGGUACCUAGUGCAGCAUCUCUGUUUUUAUUCAUUGAGGAUUUCGAUUCAAAACCUCGCUAUUGUGAUGAAAAAAAAAGAAAAUAAUAAAUGUUCAGGAAAAGUGACAAAUUUGCGAAGAGUCACCUACCUGGUGUUGGAUGAGGCCGAUCGAAUGUUUGACAAGGGAUUCGAGCCACAGGUACACUGUUUUUUUUUAAAUUUUUCUGUGCUUUACCCAUUUUUUUGCAGAUCAUGAAAGUGGUGAACAAUAUCCGUCCGGACAAGCAGACCGUCCUUUUCUCGGCCACAUUUCCACGUCACAUGGAAGCGUUGGCACGCAAAGUGUUGGAUAAACCCGUCGAGAUUUUGGUACGCGUUUUAUCCCUAACCAAUAUUCAACAAAAGUCAAUUUUUGCCACUUUGCAGGUGGGCGGCAAGUCGGUGGUGUGCUCCGACGUCACUCAGAACGCGGUGAUCUGCGAGGAGCACCAGAAAUUGCUGAAAUUGCUGGAAUUGCUCGGAAUGUACUACGAACAGGGCUGCUCGAUCGUUUUUGUGGACAAACAGGAGAAGGCGGACGAUAUUGUGGACCAGCUGAUGAAGACGGGCUACAAUUCGGUGGCGCCGCUGCACGGAGGCAUCGAUCAGCACGACAGGGACUCUUCGAUCGCCGACUUCAAGACGGGCGUCAUCAAAGUGUUGGUUAGUCGCUCCUUUUUUUUCAUACUUGCAAACGAGGCGAUUUCGGGCCGGCUGAUGACUUGCUUCAGAAUCAAAGUUGUGAGUAGAGCAGGGCAGAGGCCUGGACUUUUAAACCACCUGCAAUAAUUGGAUCGGACUUGCAGGCUUCUUGGACUUGGUUUUCAGUCUGAUCGGACCAUCUGGCCCCGAGAUAGGCCGAGUUUUUGCGAAAAUUGCGGCCUAUUCGGUCUCUGAUCCACAUAUCUUGGGACCAGAUGAUCCGAUCGGUCGGUAACUCGUUGCAAGUGGGUCAAGAGUCGAGGCUUCUUCAGGCCUUCAAAAAUCCGGGCAUUUUGCCCAGUCCUAGAGUAGAACGACAAACCAGAUUGUAGAUCUCGAUAAGUUCUACAACUGUUUCUAUGUUUUUUUUCUAUUUCCAGGUCGCCACUUCUGUCGCCGCACGUGGAUUGGACGUCAAAAAUUUGAUUUUGGUGGUGAAUUACGAUUGUCCGAACCAUUACGAAGACUAUGUGCAUCGAGUGGGACGGACGGGAAGAGCCGGACGCAAAGGAUACGCCUACACGUUCGUGCUCCCAGAACGUAUGCUUUUUUGUUGCCCAAACGACAGGAUAAUAAUAUUAUUAUUAUUUUCCAAUUGAGCAUCAAGUUUUUCUUGAAACAGCAGAAAUAUACAAUGUUUUUCAGAUCAGGAAAAGAUGGCGGGCGAGAUUUGUCGGGCGUUCGAGACGGCCGGAUGCAAGGCGCCGGCGGACCUAAAGGCGAUGUUCGAGCGGUUCAAAAAAGAGAUGGAGGAGCAGGGAAAGGAGGUGAAACUGGGCGGAAAAGGAUUCGAGGGCAGCGGAUACAAGUACGACGAGGGAGAGGCGGAGGCCGACGCGAACAAGAAGAAGAUGGCCAGAUUGGUACGCAGUUUACAGUAUCUUUAUAGGAAACAUUGAGAAUCGUGGACUAUUUCAGGUGCACGGAAUGGAGACGGGCGGCGACGACGACGACGAUCUCGACGAGCAAAUUUCGUCGAUAAUGAAGACGAAGCGGCGAGUGGUGCACGGAAAAUUGCAGUCGGCGGACAAGUCGGCGGGUGGCGGACCGCAGAAAAACGACAAAAAUCUGGAGAAGCGGAAGGAGACGGCGCUGCAGGCGGCCGAAUUGCUCAAUUCCCGACUGAAAGGAGCCUCGGCGGCGCCGCCGCCCGUCGAGAAGAACGCCGCGCAGCUGACGGCGGAGGCGGUAAUGCGCGGCGGUGAAAUCGCGCCCGCGCAAAUGUCGGCCGCCAUGCUCGCCAAGCAAGUCGCCGAUCGGCUCAACGAGAAGCUCAAUUAUCUGGGAGGUAUGCGGGCUUUAUCUUUGAGACCUCUUCGUUUCGCCACUAAAACUAAUUUGGCAUAUUUUUAAAGUGCAAAUUUUUGUUCCCAAAGUCCUAGUGCAACAUUUUGCAGGCGAGACGGCGCCGACACAGCAGCAAGAAGAAGUGUGGGAAUAUUUUGAGGAGGAGUGGGACAUCAACGACUUCCCGCAACAAGUGCGCUGGAAGAUCUGCUCGCGCGAGUCCGUCGGCCACGUGGCAGAACUGGCGGAAGUGGGAAUCAGUGUGCGCGGAACGCACGUGCCGGAGGGAAAACAGCCGAAAGCCGGCGAGCGGAGGCUCCAUUUGCUGCUGGAGGCGAGAAGCGAACGCAAUCUGAAGGCGGCCAAGGAGGAAAUUAUUCGCAUCAUGAAGGAGGCACUCAGACAACUCGUGAGCACACAUUUGAAAUUAAACAUUGAAAAAAUGAUUGCUUUACUUCACAACUUUACAAAAUACCGGGGCUGGGCAAAUUUCGGCCCACGCUUUUCAAAAGCUUUUUGAGGCCUGGACUUUUGACCGGGCCAAAAAGGCCAGGUUAUUGCGAUUAUCGCAAGUGGGUUAAAAGUCCAGGCCGCAAAAAGCCUUCGAAAAGCCUUUGCGGAAAAAUGGAAAUGUUCAGAGAAAUUAGCUGCUGGAAACUGUUAAUUUUUCUCAUUUUUCAGACCGCCCAAAUUCAACGAGGAGGAACUCAGGCCAGAUAUCGCGUCUGA